AUGCGCUUUGCUCGGUCCGUCGGCCAGGCCAUUGGCGCGAAUCUCGCCAUUAUCUCUCUGGCCCAUGCUUUGUCGCCUUGCACUCAGAUUUCCGACUCAUACGACUUUGUGAUUAUUGGUGGUGGACAAGCUGGUCUCACAGUCGGUGGCCGACUCGCAGAAGAUACCAACCAUACAGUUCUUGUUCUAGAAGCCGGCGAAAAUGGCGAUGCUUAUCGCGAGCGUAUAGAUACCCCAGCAUAUUCGUACUUUGAUUCUUUAUGGACAACGCCUUUGAAUUGGAAGUACUACACUGUUCCGCAACCCAAUGCCAAUGACCGAGAGAUCUAUUGGCCUCGCGGCAAGACCCUUGGAGGGAGCUCUGCCAUUAAUGGACUUUACAUGACCCGUCCAGGUGAGAUCGAAAUCAACGCCUGGAAGGAUCUUCUAGGAGACAUGGAUGGUGCAGAUAAUUGGUCGUGGGAUUCAUUCUAUGCGGCCAUGAAGAAGAGCGAGAACUUCACUGGCUCAAGCGAUGCGAUCGCUGAAGAGGCUGAUAUUCACUGGAAUACAUCCAAUCACGGUCUUGAAGGACCAACCCAAGCAUCCUACCCGGGCUACACAUUUCCUCAGGUUGGAUAUUGGUCACAAUCCUUGGAAAGCAUCGGCAUUGAAAUUUCUGAGAAUAUGUAUGGAGGUGAAAAUUGGGGUGCCGAAGUCUCAACCUCUUGCAUCAACCCUUCAAAUUGGACGCGAUCAUACAGCCGUACUGGGUACCUUGAUCCUCUCCCCGAUAAUGGGAACUACGAUGUCUUGGCCAAUGCGUAUGUGACUCGCAUUGUCUUCGAUAAUUCUUCGUCCGCAGAUAACUUGACGGCCACUUCCGUGGAGUACACAAUUGAUAACGGUACAACUAUAUCCUCCGUCAAUAUUACCAAGGAGGUCAUUCUAUCGGCUGGUAGCGUUGGAAGCCCAGCAGUAUUGCUAUACAGCGGAGUGGGCCCUAAGGAUGUUCUCGCUGAUGCUGGGAUUGACCUUGUCUCCGAGCUGCCUGGAGUUGGUCAGCACCUCCAAGAUCAUUUCAGUGCAACUGUGACAUGGGACACCGAGGUGGACACCGCAGGAUCAAUCUAUUACGAUGACGGUGCCGACAAGGAUAACGAACUUUUCCUCUCUUAUAUCGAUUCAGCCGUUGCGUAUGUCAACUCAACCGCAUUCUACGGUGGCAAUGUCUCUGCAAUGGAGUCAUCUUUUCUAGCCUUGAUUGAUCAAUACGCACCGAACACGACUUACGACUCCGGUGUCAUCGCCGGGUACAAAGCUAUCUGCAACAUAACAGCCAAGAGCAUAUUCAACAGUCCUACCGGCAUCAUCGAGCUCCUAUUGAUGAACAGCGACUCCAACGGCGAUAUCGGUAUCACUGCCGCGUUACAGCACCCGUACAGCCAUGGUCGUAUCUACAUCAACUCUUCCAACCCUCUAGACUACCCGGUCAUCGACCCGAACUACCUAUACAAUCCAGCCGAUGACGAGGUUCUCCUUCAAGGUAUCAAGAUGGCACGAAGUGUUGGUGAAGCUGCUCCGCUGAGCAACAACCUCACCUCAGAAACUGCACCAGGUUCAUCUAUCCAGAGCGAUGAUGAUCUGCUCUCAUGGAUCCGUGGUGCUGCUAGUACCGAGUUCCAUCCAUCUUCGUCUUGUGCUAUGCUCCCCAAAGAUCUGGGUGGUGUAGUUGAUGCCAAUCUACUGGUCUACGGCCUUGCAAAUGUUCGAGUAGUCGACGCCAGUGUCCCUCCAAUCGCAUUGUCAACGCAUCUUAUGGCUUCAACAUAUGGUAUCGCUGAACAGGCGGCCAACAUCAUUCGUGGGUUCUAUAACGGAGUACCCUUGACAACAUCGACUACUUCCGGCAGUGAUAGCGACGAUAGCGGUGACAGCAGCAGCACGACAACUAAUUCCUCGCAUAAGUCUGCGAGUACCGGGUCGGAAUCUGCUCCAAGCAACAAUUCUUCUAAAGACAAGAGCGGGCUUCUAUCUUCUAUUUGCAUGUUCCUCGUUCUUGGAUUCGGGUUGUCUAUGUAG